UUGCUUUUCUAGGCAUAUUGUGACAAGAUUUCUAUCCCAAACAUAAACAGAAUAAAUACAUCUGAGAAAAUAAGUAAAAAUACCUUCAACUUAAAUUCUUCAACAUAAACACGUAGAUAUGGACCAGCUGAAUUCAACUCAAACGUAUCAUGACAAUUCACUGAUGAUCAGGUGGAAAUAUUGUAGGUUGGUCGGUUUAAUAAAUAAGGUAUAUUUUAUAAUUGGAUUGUCUGCACUCGGAAUUUUAGUAUUGGUAUAUGCAUUGGUAAUAUCAUAUAGUUGCAUUAUUUGCGACCCGCUGCACAACCAUGGUGCCUCCAAAGCUGCAAAUGGUUGCGAGCUGUGUGAGAUGGUCAUCUUGGGUUGUAUCACGUUUUGGCCUUUAAUGAUUAUUUCUUUAAUAAUCCCCAUUUUUUUAUUAAAAAUGGUUUAUGUUAACAAUGGUUUAAGAUCUACAGACAUA